AUGGACGAGGAGGAAUUGCUUGUUCCAUUGGCGGAAAUCGAACUCUCGGCCCUCAUAGCUUCAGUGGAUAAUUUUGCAUCGGAUAAAUCGUUUGAUCUGGAUGCGCUAUUUGCUGCUGUCAUCGAUUUCUUAUCUGUCUUCUUUGGAUCACUUCUUUUGGGCUCAGUAAUUGGUUGCGUUACGGCAUUGAUCGCUAAAAUGACACAAAUCAAAGAAUUCCCUCUGCUCGAAUCGGCUUUGUUCAUACUUCUCUCCUAUUUCUCAUUCCUUCUUGCCGAAUUUGUCCAAUUGACAGGCAUUGUAGCAGUUCUGUUCUGUGCUAUUUGUCAGGCUCAUUAUACAUACAAUAAUCUUUCGGACGAAUCCAGGGUCAGAACGAAGCAAUUUUUCCAGCUUUCUCUGUUCGUCUCGCGAGCUGCUUACAUUUAUCCAGUCUGUACCAUCCUGAACAUUCGUCGAAAGCCAAGAAUACCGCCACGUUAUCAGCAUAUGAUGCUUUUUUCGGGUUUACGUGGUGCAAUGGCUUUUGCGCUUGCAUAUCGUAAUACAUCAACAGAUAAUCGGCAAAUUAUGGCCACAACUGCUUCGAUGGUUGUAAUUGUGACGGAUGAUGUGCAUCCGGAAAAUGCUGAUACAUCAACACGGAUCAGUGGUCAAAAUCCAUGGGAUAAGGCAUUUCUUCCACGAAAAUGGUACAACUUCGAUGCCUAUUUUAUGAAACCUCUGCUUACGAAUGCAAGUCCAACAUUGCUAGAAACACUACCAUCAUUUCUGGCACCGUUUGCGAGAAUGUUCACAACCGAGCAGCAGCUGAGUUUGUAUACCCAGGCGGACGAUUCGGAUUCAGUGAAUACUCAGUCGACGCCCAAUGAAAAUCCAUUCCUAAGGGUACGCUAUUACAAUUCAACCGGUAAACUGUCAAUGAACAAUGGCAUGCCCGAGUUGUAG